CCCAUGUAUCUGCCGGCAAGUGAUCAGCUCUGUUUAUCGUGCGUAUAUCUUUUAUUGUGCAGAUAUCAAAAUGAAGAUAAUCAUCCAAUGCCAGGAGAGUCACGCCGUUGAGGUGACUGGCGACGAGACCGUUGCCUUCCUCAAGAACUACCUUCACACAACUGAGGGUAUUGUGCCCGAGGACCAGCGGCUAUACGCCGAGGGAGGCAAGCCACUGAACGAUGGGGACCUGUUGUCUGCCUGCUUGACCGACGGCGCCCUCGUCAAUGCCGUUGUGCCCCUAGUCGGAGGCAAGGUCCACGGCUCCCUGGCUCGUGCCGGAAAGGUCAAGGGACAGACGCCGAAGGUGGAGAAGCAGGAGAAGAAAAAGAAGAAGACUGGCCGUGCCAAGAGGCGCAUCCAGUACAACAGGCGCUUUGUCAACGCCGUGGCCACCUUCGGACGCAGGAGGGGACCCAACGCCAACCAGGCUUCAUAGGCUAUGUGCAGCACGAAAGCUCUACAAUAAAAAACUGUUCUUACCAAAAUUUA